AUGAUCCGCCCACAUACGCAAGAGUCACGAGCUCAAAAUCUUGCGUCGAAAUACUCCAUACAGAACCAUGAUCCCGAAGCUAAUCAUGAAGUGAGUGGAGAAGCUCUCAUUUUCGAUUGGGAUGGGCAGAACGACCCCGAGCAUCCCUUGAACUGGUUAGAUAAGAAGAAGGGCUUGAACAUCGUCAUCUUGUCUCUUCUCAGCGUAGUCACGCCUUUGGGGACCUCGAUGUUCGCGCCUGGCAUUCCCCUUAUCAUGAAAAUAUUUCACGACGAUAGCUCUAUCACUGCCACCUUUCUGCUCUCGAUCUACGUUCUUGGAUUUGCCCUUGGUCCUCUCCUUGUCGCCCCGAUCAGUGAACUUUAUGGCCGCAGAUAUCUCUACAUCUUUGGGAAUAUCCUCUUCACAGUAUUCACGAUUGGGACAGCACUGAGCAAUAGCAUUGGGAUGUUGCUUGCUUUUCGUCUUUUGAUGGGUCUAUCUGGCGUUGUUCCCCUCACCAUUGGAAGCGGAAGCAUCGCAGACAUGAUGCCGCCCGAAAAGCGAGGCAGGGCUGUUCCCAUCUGGGCAUUGGGUUCCUUGUUGGGCCCAUGUGUAGGGCCGGUCGCUGGUGGUUAUUUCAUUCGCGCCGCUGGAUGGAGGUGGGUGUUUUGGCUUAUUAGCAUUCUGGCAGGAACAUUCAUACCAGUCUCAAUUCUUGGACUACGCGAAACCAAGGCCAGUCGUCUUCGGAAGAAGACUCGAAAUCAAGACAUCCGUAGCAGGCUCGAGGAUCUCCUGGUCGCAACUUUCACCUUUGUCUACACAGAGCACUAUGGAUUUGACGAAGGCUCAAGUGGCCUCUCUUUUCUUCCCGGUGGUAUUGGCAUGGUCAUUGGCGUGAUCGGUUUCGGGCAGCUGACAGACUUGAUCGUGAAGCGGACAAAGGCCAGAGGCCUGGCGCACAAGCCCGAAGACCGACUGAAACCAAUCAUGACUGUUCCUUGUGCGCUAGCUUUGCCAUUCGGGUUGUUUCUUUACGGCUGGACGGUCCAGAAUGAGAUUCAUUGGAUUGUUCCAAUAUUCAGCGUCAUGACCUGUAUCCAAAACUAUCUCAUUGAUGCCUAUCCACAAUUUGCCGCGUCUUAUGAGUCCUUGGGCCUUGGCUGGGGGAACAGCUCAUUGGGGUUCAUUGCACUGAGUCUUGUUCCAAUCUUGGUGUCAUUUUAUGUCUUUGGAGAGCGGAUCCGUGGCAAAUUCAACCCCAAGUUGUGA